CUAGUAGAUUAAAAUAAGAAGCGUGAUAGCCCAGUGGAUAUGACCACUGCCUCAGAUUCCGGAGGGUGUGGGUUCGAAUCCGGUCGGGGCAUGCACCUCCAACUUUUCAGUUGUGUGCAUUUUAAGAAAUUAAAUAUCACGUGUCUCAAUCGGUGAAGGAAAACAUCGUGAGGAAACCUGCAUACCAGAGAAUUAUCUUAAUUCUCUGCGUGUGUGAAGUCUGCCAAUCCGCAUUGGGCCAGCGUGGUGGACUAUUGGCCUAAGCCCUCUCAUUCUGAGAGGAGACUCGAGCUCAGCAGUGAGCCGAAUAUGGGUUGAUGACAGUAGAUUAAAGACACGUGGUGCAUAAACAAUAAUACAGUGAAUUACUAAUCGCCAAGAUUAAACAGAUUAGUUUUGUAUAUUUAUCAUUGAUAACCUAUCGUUAUAAAAGGGUUAUGCGGCUCACGUGUUUAAUAAAUUUUAAAGUAAAUAACCACUAGUGAGUGAGUAUCUAAUAUCUUUGUAAUUUUCAAUUGCUUAUUGAUUUGAGUUAUUUUCCUAAAGACAGUUAUAAUUUCAGAAUACAAAUAUGAAGUACUUCGUGUUUGCCUUAUGUGUCGCUGCAGCGUCUGCAACCGCGACUCCUCCCACGGUAACCGGAGCAGACGCGGAUGAGGUUCAGCAGAUCAUCGACUCCAUCUACCACCCGAGCACUGACCCCGCCACCGCUGCCGCCCUCGAGCAAAUGCUCCUCGAGGUCCUCGGCAUCAACAAGCCCGUCAUUGUUGACGAUGAGUCCAACCAACCGAUCGUGAUCGAGCCUGAAAUCAUCGAUGAAUCUAUCAUCUCCGAGCCUGGAGUGCCUGAAGAGUCCUCUCCCAUUGACAUUGGCCCCGCAAUCAUCGACGAGUCCAUCGUCUCUGAGCCCGCCAACUACCCCCCUCUUGUGCAAGUCAUCGUCAACGUUAACACCAAUGUUAACAAUCCCGGUGUUGUAGAACAACCCGAAAUCCCGGAGGAUGUAAUUGUUGUUGAAAAACCCGAGAUUCCCGAAGUGAUUGUGGUUGAAAAACCCGAAAUUCCCUCAGAGCCCGUGGUCGUUGCUCCCAUUGAGCCUGUUCCUGUCAUAACGUUACCUGAUACCCUUAACUGAAUAAUUAUUAGUUUUUUAUUAUGUUUACAUUAAAUAAUUAAACCCAACUAAAAAUGUGUCGUUUAAUCUAAGAUUUAUUACCUCGUUAAUGAUGAA